GAAUAAUUCUACUGUCACCAUAGUAGCACAUUCGCCUUCGCGCAACCUCAAAACCUAACACCAGCCAAACCCUAAUUCUCAUUGUCUCCUUCAUUCUCCCGAAGUCCCCAGUCCUCAAUUUCUACUCCAAAAUGCCUCUCUAACCCUAAACUCUCUCUGCACGCUCUCAUUUUUCAUCUAAGUCCCUAAAUUUGCUCUUUCUCGACAAACAAUUCUCUCAGUCCACGACCAUGUCAAACGACGGCGCAUCGGCACCACUCGAUCGACAACCCGACCAGACUUCACCCCCUCCAUCUCAACCAGCACCCGGUAAUGCGUCUGAUGGGGCCGUAUUACCCCACUCCAAUGGUAACAGUACUAAUGAUAACGGUGGACAGCAAAAUGGUUUCGCUAAUAGGCUGAGGCUCAACCCAAACGCGAAUCACAAGCCGGAUAACUAUGAAGACCUGAAUUUGGAUUUUAGCCCGUAUCUUUUCAGCUCAUUGGAGAGGUACCUUCCACCCAACCUGCUUCUCAUGUCGCGUGAUGUGAAGGUCACGUAUAUGCGUGAUAUCCUUCUCCGGUACUCCCCUGAAAGUGAGCGCAUCCGGCUUCAGAAGCAUAGAGAAUACAGGCAGAAGAUUAUAUCCAACUAUCAGCGCCUACAUAGGGAGCUUUACACCAUGCAUGUUACAACCUUCUUUGUUCCCUCCUUUCUGAAGGCAAUCAAUGAGAACACCGAACAAGGUUUGAGAAAUAUAAUGUCAGAACCCACUCCUGGAAUUUUUACAUUUGAAAUGCUUCAACCGCGUUUCUGCGAAAUGUUGCUGACUGAGGUAGAAAAUUUUGAGAAGUGGGUCCAUGAGACGAAAUUCAGAAUCAUGAGACCUAAUACAAUGAAUAAGUAUGGUGCCGUUCUUGACGAUUUUGGUAUGGAAACCAUGCUUGAUAAGUUCAUGGAAGAAUACAUACGCCCGAUAUCUAAAGUUUUCUUUCCUGAAGUUGGUGGGUCAACACUUGAUGCUCAUCAUGGUUUUGUGGUUGAGUAUGGAAUGGAUAGAGAUUUGGACCUAGGUUUCCAUGUGGAUGACUCAGAAGUCACUUUAAAUGUCUGCUUGGGAAAGCAAUUUUCUGGUGGUGAACUGUUCUUCCGUGGUGUGCGUUGUGAAAAACAUGUAAACACUGAAACCCAGUCAGAGGAGAUCUUUGAUUACUCUCACGUCCCAGGACGAGCGGUUCUUCAUCGCGGUCGCCAUCGGCAUGGUGCUAGAGCCACAACAUCUGGAAAUAGGAUAAACUUAUUGAUUUGGUGCAGGAGUUCUGUAUUCAGAGAGCUGAGGAAAUAUCAAAAGGAUUUCUCCAGCUGGUGUGCGGAGUGCCAACGCGAGCAGAAAGAAAGGCAGCACCAAUCUGUUUCUGCUGCCAAACUGGAACUGCUGAGAAGAGGAGAAACUGCUACCUGAGCUAUUUAGUUUGUUUCUGCAUUUCUUGAUCUGUAAUAUAUUUUGACUCUUAUCCUUGAAGACACGACCUUGGUCAUUUUGCAUAGUAUGUGAAGAUUGAAGGUGUAGAGUGUUUCCUCUAUUUCAGUAUAGAUGUACAUUCAAAUUAAGUAGGUGAAAGGUUGUCUGAAUCGAUGAGCUUAAACAUGAGUUAACAUCAAGUGAUGGUGUAACCAUUUUUUCAAUAUAAGAUAUUUCUCCAGUUCUUGUAUAAUGUUGCUCCUUGCAGAGAGAAGCUGUUUUUCUCAUCUCA